UGCGGGACCUGGUGAUGUCCUGGGUUGGGGCUGAGGAAGGCCUGUGUGCGGAGGGUGCGGCCUUCGGCUAAGGCAGAGGACCGGGGUUGGGUCCGUGGCGGCGGGAGGGGUGGCCUCCUGCGCUGGGCGCCCCAGGGGACCUGAGGCGCGACAAGCAGUCGGCGCGUUUGGUACUCGCGCCUGCAGAGCUUUCAAUCUCCGCGCUGGCUGCGCCUGUUUCUCUGCGAGGGAAGCAAGGCCACUCGGCCUACGUAGCUGAGUCGGAACCAACCGGUUGUUUGGUGAAACCUACCCCAGAGCCUCCCACGGCCCACAGCGCACAGUCUAGAAAAAAUGACAGACCUCGUAGCUGUCUGGGAUGUUGCUUUAAGUGACGGAGUCCACAAGAUUGAAUUUGAACAUGGGACUACAUCAGGCAAACGAGUAGUAUAUGUAGAUGGAAAGGAAGAGAUAAGGAAAGAUUGGAUGUUCAAAUUAGUGGGCAGAGAAACAUUCUAUGUUGGAGCUGCGAAGACAAAAGCGACCAUAAAUAUAGAUGCUAUCAGUGGUUUUGCUUAUGAAUAUACUCUGGAAAUUAAUGGGAAAAGUCUCAAGAAGUAUAUGGAGAACAGAUCAAAAACCACCAAUACUUGGAUAUUACACAUGGAUGGUGAGAACUUUAGAAUUGUUUUGGAAAAAGACACUAUGGACGUAUGGUGCAAUGGUAAAAAAUUGGAGACAGCAGGUGAGUUUGUAGAUGAUGGGACUGAAACUCACUUCAGUCUCGGGAACCACGACUGUUACAUAAAGGCUGUCAGUAGUGGGAAGCGGAAAGAAGGGAUUAUUCAUACUCUUAUUGUGGAUAAUAGAGAAAUCCCAGAGAUUGCAAGUUAAUGAAUCUUAAUCUUAAGAAGUAAAGAUCAGGACUUUUUAAUUACUGUGGUAAUUAAAUGUGUUCAGUAUGUACUUAUCAGUACAUUUAGCCUACAAUGUUUUUAUUUUUUAAAAAGUUACAUGAAACUGUAACAUUCCAAGGGUCAGGAAAAAAACCAAUUAUGUAUAGUCAUAAAAAUUACAAUGUAUGAUGCAAAUAAUGUAAAAUGUUUUAAAGACAAAUGGAAAAUAAGAUAUGGACCAAAGUCUCUAAUGUUUUACAACAGUAACCUUUACUAUAAUAAAUACU